AUGUCGCUCUUCGGACAGGCAAAGCCUUCGCUAUUUGGGCAAUCUCAGCCUGCUCAGGCUGCUGCUCCAACUCAAAACACAGGAUUUAGCUUUGGCCAGUCGCAACAACAGCAACAAGGAGGCGCAUUCGGCGCAUCGAUCCAACAACCACAACCACAACAGAUGCCGGCUUUAUCUCAGUCUAAAGCCCAGCUAUCCAACUCUCUAUGGCAGCCAGGAAUGGAAACACCUCACCAAAAGCCGAUUCUCGAGCAAAUGAAGCUCGUCACUGAAAAAUGGGAUCCUGCGAACCCCAACUGCGUCUUCAAAUAUUACUUCUACAACAAGGUCGACGAGAGCCACGUUCCUUACUACAAGCCUCAGCCUCAUGAGGACCCACGGGAAUGGGAGGAAGCUCUGCAGAACAAGCCAGCCCCUGGCUUUAUGCCUGUACUGUGCUCCGGAUACGCUGGUGUCGCCGACCGCCUCAAGACACAGAAGCGCGCUGUUUCCGAUUUCAACACCCGCUUGCAUCAGAUUAACGGCAGCCUGGAUGCUGUUCUUCAACGCCACGAGCUAGAGACCGAGGUACGAGCCGUUGCGGCUCGUAGGCGACAAACAACUAUUAGUGAACGAUGCUUGGCGCUUGCUGCGCGAGUGCAAGUUCUCCGAAACCGUGGCUAUGCUCUGAGCGGCGACGAAGAUGAUCUUAGCAGUCGACUACAGAACCUGGAGCGGGAGGUCCAGGAUCCUGCUGUAGGCGCCAGGGAAGAGGAGCUCUGGAGCCGCCUCAUCGUCCUGCGAGGGUAUGCUGAUCAGCUUAGUAAGGAGAUGGAUAAGCCAAGCCUGGAGGAGGAGACCAUUGAUCCAGAGCGAGAAGCUAAAGCGAAGAGGGUACUUGAAGAUUAUGAGAAGCAGAUUCAGCACAUCAGGAAGGAGCUCGAGGCUCUAGGAACUGACUAUGCAGACUGGGAGAAGACCAGAAACCCACACUCAAAAUAG